CUAUAUAAAACCUCCAACGUAUUUCCCUUCCCUCACCAUCUCCCCCUGUUCCAUCUCCUGCAGUACUCUUUUCUCUACUUGGGUUUAGAGAAGUACUGCAUCAAAUUUCUUUCCAACUUUUAAUUCAACACUUCAUAACAAUGGCACGCAAGUUCAUUCUUGUUGCUCUCAUGUUGGUAGCCAUUGUUGCCUUUGUAUCUGCUGAUACAUCUGAACCUGCAGAGGAUGUCGGGGCCACUGCGGCAGAGGCACCCAUCGACCCUGAUCACAUUGGAACAACUGAUAAUGAUGCAGCCUCUCCUGGUGCUGCGGUUGCCGGCCCCCUUAGCAGUGAAUCUGCCUUUGCCGCCACUCCAGCAGAGACACCCAACAGCGGUGUGGCUGCUCUCCACCUCUCUGCAGCUGCAGUUGUUGGAGUGUCUGCCGUCGCUGCCUCCUUCUUGUUCUAAGCUUGCUGGGUGCAUCAAUCAACACCCUUACCCUUCCCUCUUUGUAUUUACAUGAGUGGCUUAAUUAGAGAAGAGAUAAGAAUAUGCUAUUCAUGUUCAUUUGUAAUGGUUGUUUUGUUUCUACUUUAUUGACAACCUGACUCUUUUUUCUUUCUCAUACUCUUUUAAUUUGAAUAACACUUUGGAAAAGAAAUUGCAGAAUGGAUUUUCAGUCUUUUUCACUCUUCUCAUUCAAAUGUAUGUCUGCAUGUAUUUGUGCACGUACUAUAUCAUUAUAAUGAUAUCU